AUUUCCGGUUGAUGAAAAAGUUCAAAAUUUUUGUUUUGGAGGAAAAUAUUGAGAUAGUUUUGAGACAAAGAUGGAAGAAGAAGAAGAAUUAAGUGCUGAUGUGUCAAACAUAUUCAAGUCUAUACAAGCAGCAUGUGAAGAGCUUACACAGAGAGGACAGGAAUAUCUUUUGGUAACAGCUGACCCAGCCAGUCAAAGUUGUAUGAAAAUUGGAUCUGAGAAAGGGAGACAAUUCCUGGAUGUCAACUCAGAAUUGGUCAUAAAUUUCUUUUCAUACUGCUUUGGUGCACAAAUAAUUGAGAAUCUUGGUGACCAGAAUGAAACAACCAACCAGACUGAUAUUCCUGGUAACAUAAUAGAUAGUUUAGAUACACCAACAGACAUUAAGCAACCAACAAUCAAUCAGCCAAUAGAUACAACUAUCGAAGAAGAUAAAGAACAAGUUAGCACAAAUACCGAUUCAAGUAAUGACCGUACAGAAGUAUUUCCUGACUUACAGUUAGUCACACAGACUACUGACCGUAAGCCUAGUACCGGUACAGUUACACAUACAGACCAACCUGAACAGCAGUUAAUUAGUUCAGGACUACCAACUAGUCAAUCUGAUGAAAAGAUAAUUUCUUCCAGAGAACAAGGAGAAAAAGAUCUUCAAAAGCUUGAACAUUCUAAAAAGCAAAUUUCAAAAGAAAUCAAUUGUACAGAACAGCCUACUGAAUCGAAUCUAGAAGACUUGUCAGCACAUGAGGAAGUUCAUAAAGACCUAGAUUUGGCCUCUGAGGAGAGUACAUUACCUCAGAUAGUCAGUGAAAGUCAAACUUUAGGUAUAGAUUCUAAAAAUGAAAAGAUAGGUGAUGAACUAGCUGAAAUUGUUGAUGCAAUUCCUGCUGUAAAUGAAAAUAGUACUGAUUCAGAAACUGAUAAUCAAGCUGAUUCCACUAAAGCACAAAUUGAAUCUGGUGGUCUAAAUGAUUCCACUAAAGUACAAUCUGAAUCUGGUGGUCUAAAUGAUUCAGUUAAAGUACAGUCUGAAUUUGGUAUUCUAAAUGAUUCCACUAAAGUACAAUCUGAAUCUGAUGAUCUAAAUGAUUCUACUGAAGCACAACCUAAAUCUGGUGAUCUAAAUGAUUCCAUAAUUGCACAAUCUGAACCUUGUGGUCUAAAUGAUUCAAUUGAAGCCCAAAGUCAGCAUGAAUUAAUUAAACAAGAUAAAUCUUUUGUUGCAGAGAAAAUGGUCACCAGGAAAGGAAACCAAAAAGCAAAAUCUUCAAUUUCUUCUAUGGAUGGUGAAAAGAAAUCUCAAAUUUUGAAAGAAGCUACAAACUUGCUUGAUAAAGAAAUUUCAAAUGUGAAGGCAACAAAACAAGCAAAAAAUAUAACAAAAAACACCAACUUAAGACCUGUUACUUCAGAAACAAAAUUGACAAAGAAAAAACAAUCUAAAAAUAAAAAUGCGAUGAUAAUUCCUGAAGAGAAAGCAGAGGAUAAACCUUCAAAACCAACUUGCACUGUGUGUAAAGCUACAUUCUCUAGGAUUCAUAGUUUGAAGGGUCACAUGCUGAUUAUACACCAAUUGGAAGUGAGUAUGGAGGAGUUACAGAGGGAGCCAGCACAGACAUCCAUUGAGCAGAAAAAAGAAAGUAUACCACCUACUAAGAAGAAACAAGCUCAGAACUCUGCUUCUAAAAACAUGUCAUAUCCUAGUAAUGACAGUGAAAUGACUUCUGACAAAAAUGCAAAGUCUUCACUGGUAACGGAAACUGCAGAAACGUUGUCAGAGAAUAAUGCAUCUUCUCAAGUUCAAAUGAUUUUACAAUGUGGCAGCAUAGAGCAAGAUGCAGAAAUUACAAGAAUUUUUGAAAAAGAUAAGCAGCAUAAAGUACAACUUAAGAUUAAAAGUGAGCCUCUAUCUGAUGAGGAACAAGAUGAAGCUGAGGUCCACAAAGUAAAAAGAAGAAAGCUUUUUACUAGAGACGAAGUUGAUGACAGUAAAAAAAUUAAACAUGAAAACAGUGACCAAGAAUCUUCAGAACAAGAUAUAGUUGCACUAACGACUAUAGAUUUAAUCAAUAGUCUUAGCAGUGGUAACAGUAGCAAGGAAGGAGCAAGCCAAGAGAAUUAUAUGAUGCAGUCAGAGGAUAAUAUCAUAGUUUUGGAAGAAAAUCAUGAUGAAAAUGUCCCUUCAGCUAAUAAAGGAAAGAAAAAUCAAAAGCCUGAAAAGAAACAGGAAGAUGUCUAUUGUGAACUCUGUGAUAAAAACUUUCAAAAAGCUUUUAAUCUUACUAUUCACAACAUACGAUUUCAUCCUAGUAUCAUAAUGAAACAGUUUGGUGUUGACAUGGUAACACAGGUGAAGCAAGAGGUUGUUGAUGAAGAUAUUGGACUUAUUGAUAAUCAAAUUGAGGAAGAUGACAACCAACACGACAAUCUGAAUGAUUCCACACAAGAGAAUGAAGAAAUGGACAAUAGUGAUUCCGUCGUUGAUCCCAUGGAUAGAUUGCAGGAAAUCAAACAAAAUGAACAGAUAAAAAAGUAUAUUACUAUAACAGAGCAGGAAAAUAACACUUUGCUACUCAGCUGUAAUAAUUGUCAAUUUUCUUGUGAAGAAUUUCAUCAGGUGCUUGUCCAUAUUGCUAGAAUCCAUCCAGAGCUGUCUGCAGAUUUAGAUCUAAUGAUGAGUUGUUUCUAUGGUAUCAAGACAUUCAAUAAAAAAUGUGAUGAAUGUCCAUUGAUAUUUAAAUCUGUAUCUAGAUUGUGGAGUCAUAUCGUACAAGAACAUCCAGAAAGUGUUGAAAAUUGUAGUAAGAAAAAGCGUUUGCGUCAUUUAAUUAACAAAUAUAAAAGUAAAAAAUCAUUCGUCAGAUGUGACAUUUGUGGUGAACAUUUGCGUAGCAUGAGAGCUCUUGACAAUCAUAUGGCAAUGCAUCCAGAAGCAGGAAGAAGAUAUCAAUGUCCACAGUGUUCUCAAUCAUUCAGCACAAAACCAAACAUGACUCGCCAUUUCAAACAGAUUCAUUUAGAGGAGAAAAAGUUUCAAUGUGACAUAUGUGGAAGAUCUUUUUCACAGAAGGAGACAUUAAAAUACCAUCGACAAACUCACGAGGAGGAAAAAGACAAACCCAGACUGUUCGAGUGUCAUAUUUGUAAUAAAAAACUAAGGAAGAAGGAAUCAUUACAAAUUCAUCUUCGUCAACAUGAAGGCAUUAAACCUUAUAUCUGUGAAUAUUGUGGAAUGGCUUUUACACAGAAUGGCAACAGAAUUAAGCAUGUUCAACUCAUUCAUAAUGAAGAUAGAAGUUUGGAAUGUACAAAAUGUGGCAAAAGUUUUAAACUUCAGGAACAUUUGAAACGUCACAUGAAAAUGCAUCUAAUCAGGGAGGGCGAGAUACCGGCAGAUAAAACCUACCUUUGUGAAUAUCCAGGAUGUGGUGCUCGUUAUACAACAUCUACCCAGCUGAAAGUUCAUACUAUGUCAAAACAUACCAAUGAAAGACCGUGGACGUGCUCCACUUGUAAUAAAGGUUUCACCACAAGAGACAAGUUGUUGAGGCAUGAACAGACACAUGUGGAAGGGUUAUAUGAUUGUGAAAUAUGUCAUAAAAAGCUUCAAAGUAAGGAAGGUUUAGCCAUACAUACAAAAUACCACCAAAUUGGACACGAAAGUGAUCACUUUGAAGUAUCUGUUCAUGACUUUGAAACUGUUAUCAUUCCCCAAGAGAAUGGAGCGCCAAUCAAAGUCCAGUUAGCUCACUCUGAGCCAAUCACAACAGACAUUGCUAAUGUAGGAGGAGUUAGUUCAGAGGAUACUACAUACUACCUCCAGACCUCAAAAUCAGAUGAGGUUGAGGAGGACUCAAUACAAGUAGAUGAUAAUACUAUAUUAGUAGAUCCAAGUGUAUUAGAGUCUGUGCUAGGGGCUACCUCAGAUGAACAAACUGUAUAUUAUUACGUAACUGGUAACUAAAUCCUUGCUUCAUGUUCUUAGAGUCUGUGCUCGAUACUACCUCAGAUAAACAAACUGUAUUAUAUUAUGAUAAUGUAGUUGGUAACUUAAUUUGCUCUUCGCAAUCUUUGAAUAGAAUAUAAAGAGAUGUUCCACAUGUUCUAAAACAGGUAUACCGUAUUAUACUGGGAGACAAAAGAGAGGAUACACUUUUAUUUGCUGACUAUAACUUACUUUGGAUUAGUUAUUAUUUGUGGGUUAUCAAUUUUCAUUGAAUUUAUAACCUGGUAAAGGCUAAUGUUUAAUGAUGUACACAUUUUCUAUAGGCUUAUACAUGUUAUAUGCACACUUUAGUGCAACCAUGAAUUUAUUAUCUAGGAAAAUACAGUUUUUCUUUUCCACUAAAAAUGGUACCCCUGAAAAUAACUGAAUCCACAGUAAUAUCAUUUAAUCUUCUGAGCGUACUUCAAGUUUAUUAAUGUGAAAUAUCAAUAAAAAGAGGGUGUUAAUGAACAGAUAAUACAUGAUUAAUAAGUGCAAAUUUUGCCAUAUGUGAUUUAUUUUUUAGAAUUACUUUAUGAAAGCAGCACUAUUUUUCUGGAUAUAAAGUUUUCUUAUUAAACAAUGCCUGAACUAAAUGCAUAAAAUUGAGAAUGGAAAUGGGGAAUAUGUCAAAGAGACAACAACCCGACCAAAGAGCAGACAACUGAAAACAGAAAACUGUUAUAAUGUAAAACUCCAUAAUAUUUUUGGGAUAAGCAUUUUAAACAGUGUAUCCUUUGUUUUGUCCUCUUGUAUAUUAAGGUACUGUUGAGUCUAGGAAUAUACUCAUUAUAAUGUGCAAAGAAAACAAUACCCUUUUUCUAGGUUGUCAAUUAUACAAAAUGUGCUAAGAUAACGAUGUUUACUUGUUUAUUAAUUCAAGUUUCAAAAUUUGCCAAGUUUAGAUAAAAUGGAUAAAAAUAAUUGUCAGCUACAUGUGACCUUAAAGCAUUGUAAAUUAUUUAUUUAUUUUAUUUUGAUUUCAUCUUUUUUUCACAUAUAAAAACCAUUACCGUAUGAAAUCCAGUAUAACCACAAUGUUUUUUCAGCUGCUUUUAUUUUCCGGUUAAUAAUGGCUGACCAAAGUUUUUUCGAUGGAAAAGUACUAGUAUUUGCAAUGUUUAUAUGGUGUACUUAGCAACAAAUAUUCCUAUGAUAUUUUUUUGGAACCACACUUUUUCAUUUAUUCUACGAAGCUCGAUAGAGUAAACAAUUUUAACCAAGCUUUUCAGGAAAAGGGUAUGGAGUUUCCUUUAUAGGAAUUUAUCAUUUCUGCUAUCAAAUAUAAAUGAUAUUUUAUUUUUUUUCUGAAACUUCUCUGUGCCUGCUUUAAGAAUAAAUAUAUGGCAUAAUGAAAGAAAGGUCUUUUUUUAGAUUGUAAAUUUGGCAUUUGGGAAACAUACCUGUAUGUAAUAUUGUUGGUGUUAACUUGCUCCACUCCCCCCAAGUUUUUUUUUAACCCCAUGUGUCCCAAACACAUAAAAUGCUAGACAUUUAAUUGGGUUCACCAUAUAAAGUUAAGGAGGAAAACAUUACCAUAUAGAUAAAAAAAAAUUAGAUCUUUCAGAUUGAUAAAUAUAUAUAUAUGAUUAUAUCUGUUGAGAUUCUUUAUUAGAUAUUAAAACCCAAAGUCCUCAGAUGUUUUAAUUUAAUUAUCAUUUACUUAUUUAUUGUUGGUGGGUGCAUUUAAUAGCAAACUGUUUCACUGGAAUGAUAUUGAUUUCAUAACGAAAAGUAAUAAAAUUGGUAAACUGAAUGGUUUUGGUUUCAAUGUGAUUUUUAUGACAUUUCCAGUCAUUUACAUUACAAUGAGUAUAACAUAAUAUGUUUUGUAUCAUAAACAUGUUUUUGAAUUGUUACUGCAAUUAUUAAAGUUUAUGAAAAUCA